AUGCCCUCAACUCCAAGCGAACUUGUUGAAGGGUUCAAGAAGUCUGGCGAGUUCGACCGUCUCCGGCGAGAGCUCCUGGCCCAAUUUCAACGCAGUGACCGUGUCGACGGGUUCAACCGGCGUAUAGAAGAGAUCAUUCGCCAACGGAUGGAGUCUGAUCAGAACCUCCAGCACCUGCCCCCUGACUCCGUCCAUCGCGAGCUAAUGCAGGAGAUGGACAGGUACCCCCUCGUUGAGCGUGCCGCCGCGGAGGCUCCUCUCAUCUCAGACGCCAACUUCGCCUCUGGAACUGUUCGACCGUCUUUGCAGCGCAUGCUGAAUGAAUCAUGAUUACCGACAUAUGGAUGGAGUCAUCACGCUAGUGCACCCCUAGGCAUCGUCGACUUCUAAGCGUGGUCGACGCAGCGUUUACACCGUUCGUAGGCUAGAUGCGCUCCUCGCGUAGUCCCGGAAAGCCAGGGGCGCACAGACCGUUUGCGAAACGGUUACUCUCACAAACUCAAACUAGCGACAUCCCAUGUGGACACGAGCUGGUACCUUUCGCGUCCGUUGGCGAACGUCUUCGAAAGCUUAUCCCCAGUCGUGUCUACAACUCGGUACCGGAUAUUAGCUUAGACUUGCAUAGACUUCACAUUUGAUGCAGAUGUGACAAUGUAUUUAUCC